UCCUGUUAAUUGACUAGCAAAUAAUAGCAACAACCAUAAUAAUUUUAAAAGACGGCACAGACAUCUGCAAAUUAGUUCCACCAAACCAGCACACAACAAUUAACCAUCGUUAUUCCCAUUCCGUUGUCCAUAAACAGUAAGAGUUUGCCGUCCGAUCGGACUGCUCACACCGGUUGCCAUUGAUUUCCAUUCUCCCAUUAUCCCGCGAAGGGAACAACAGGGAGAGGCGCGCCAGGCAAAGAACCCCUAACCGUUGCUGCCAGGAUCGCAGGAAUUCAGAAGCGUUGCGACGACCAAUCAGACACGAACGCCCUUAGUUUCGGUGUGGUCGAUUCCCCGUUCUGCUGGUGGCGCUCCCCCGAUUAUUAGUUUUACUUAGUGGUUCCCAGUUAUGUUUAGGUUUGUUUAAGUCCGUUUACGAUCGCCGAUUUUGUUCUGGCCCGUUUUCGAGUUUGAGUUGUCCAGGAAGGCCGCCAAAAUUUUCAACUACAGGAUGUCGAUUUCUGAGGAGGAGAGGGACGAAUAUCCCGAUGGGACUGUUCGUCUUAGAAACCCCCACAUCGAACUCAUGGACCAAGACAUUUUGUACCAUCUGGCUCUUGGCAGUGAAUCCCACGAUCUUGUCGAGAUGUUUGGUGAUGUAAAAUUCGUCUGUAUGGGAGGAACACCGAAAAGAAUGGAGAACUUCGCUUACUACAUAAUGAAGGAAAUCGGCCACAAACUACCAACCGGCACAACCUUAUUGGACAUUAGUCAAUAUUCGUACCGUUACAGUAUGUACAAAGUAGGACCAGUAUUAUCUAUAAGUCACGGAAUGGGUGUACCAUCAAUCGGAAUAUUGCUGCACGAAAUCAUCAAGCUGAUGUACCACGCGAAGGUGAAAGACCCGAUCUUCUUCAGGAUCGGAACCUGCGGCGGUAUUGGAUAUGAAGGCGGCACCGUCGUCAUUUCCGACAACGCCGUCGAUGGCAUGCUUAAUAAUUACUACGAAGUGCCAAUGUUAGGGAAACUGGUGAGAAGACCGGCCAAACUAGAUAGGAAACUUGUAAGGGAACUUAAGGCACUGGCUGAACCUGAGGAUCCUUAUGAAACAGUCGUUGGUACCACCAUGUGUGCCAUUGACUUCUACGAAGGUCAGGGAAGGUUGGAUGGAGCGUUCUGUGACUACAGCGAGCAGGACAAGAUGGAGUAUUUGAAAGGGCUUCAGAAGCAGGGUGUCAGCAACAUUGAAAUGGAGGUGGUACCGUUCGCCGCCCUCACACACCACGCCGGAAUUAGGGCGGCAGUUGUUUGUGUCUCGCUUCUCGAUCGGCUCAAGGGUGAUCAGGUUUGUGCGCCUAAAGAAGUGAUCAACGAAUGGCAGAUCAGACCUCAAAAACUGAUUUGCAGUUACAUUAAAAGGUAUCUGCAGAUGAAAGGGCGGAUUUCUUUCGAUGGUCACGGCCCGACUGCCAUCAAGAGCCCCCGAAGAUUUAAACUGGUGCAACAGGAAUCCCAAACUUUUGAAUAAAUACACCGAAUUUGAUUUGUUUGAUAUGUUCGUUCAGUUAUUUUUUCGUCAUUUUGUUUGGUUGUUCGUGUUUCUUGCACAAAUGUUGAAUACAAUAACUGUUGUAAAUACAUUUUCAUGUACAUGAGUUGAUUUUUAAGGUAGCUUGUUUGAUAUAUAUUUUUUAUAAAAUGUUUUAGUUUCGUUCGAAAUAGAUUAUGAGAUGUUAAUUGAAAAAACAUAGAUAGAUGCCAUAUUGUAAAAUUAAAAACAUUCUAAAACAGUAUGUUGCCAAAGUAUUUAAGAGGAAAUUUUGCAAAUGUCAUCAAAAACAUAUCAAAAUAUAAGACUCGUUUAAAUAAUUAACAAGACCAUAUUAAUUAAAACAUUGACCAUUUCCACAGUCCUCAAGAAAAAUUGAUGAAUGCACCUAUAAUAUAUC